AUCAGAUUUGAAACACAAUUAAAAGUGUAAACAAAACACUAGUUUACAGAUAAUACAAUCAGCCGAAGACAUCCCAUCGAAAGAGACGGUUCCGGUGUCGGCGCGAGUCAUGAGCGACAAGUCAAGAGUUGGUCACAAAGAGCCGAAUCGGCAGCCAUUGGUUGGCCGACAGUUGAAGGCAUACCUGUCCUCCAAAGUGGUGGCAAUGAUCCGCGCGAACGACACCACCGGUCAGUUCAGUCAUCCAGAGUUGGUUCACAUCGAGUCCCUCCUGAAGGACGAGUUGAACACAAAUCAAUGGCUCCUCAAUGUGUGCAAAGCCGUCACCGAAGACGCUGUGGUCGUCACUCAACACCAAUUGGAUCUAUUCAAUGAACACAAGAAUGAGGGCAAAGAGGUUUACGUCAAUCCCACAGAAGUGGAGGAAUUGCGCAAAGAGUUGCACUUUUUGAAAGAAAGGGUUCAUGUCUUGAAGUAUAUCCAAAAGGAUUUGACCGAAAAGUUGACUAAAAUUCAAAUCCUAAACAAUACAAUGCAUUCAAACCAUACAAACGAUUCCAACAAUACUUACGCCAAAUUGCGGAUCAAAUUAACCGAAAGUCUUGAGAUUAUGAAACGGGAUUUGAACUCUGAGUUCACUGUCGACGAGCCUAAAGAUAUUGCCGAAGAGAUAACCACUGAAUUGAAUAAAAGAUUGGUUUCGAUUGACAGCAUAGAGAAGCCCAGCGAUUGGAUGUGCGAACAGUUGGAUGAGUUGGCGUUGACUGACAUGAAUCAGAAGCAACUGUUGGAAGCGAUUAAUGGUCAGAAUUAUCAUAAAUUGGAUGAGAUUUGCAAGAAUUUGAUGCAUUUGAACGACGAGUGCCAACGAAUCAAACAGUUUUAUGACGUGAAUGUGAGGGAAGAGAUGUCGUGGCGAACAGAUCUCAACACUAUUUUGAGACAUUUUCACGAAUCAAAUGAAUCGCAAAUAAUUCGCUUAAAUUCAAUGCAGAAUAAGAGAAAUGAACUCCAAUUGAAAAUAAGUCAAACCGAAGAGUAUUACAAACUCGUGAAGAAUGUCGAGAAUCAAGAAAUGGAUGAAUUCCGGGCUCUCAUUGAGGCGUUGAAGCAAAGGAUUGAAAUGUUAACCAAAAAUUAG